AUGACGAGCGGCCAGUCUACUGUACGCCUAACGCGUUCUCUAGCCAAGUCUAUGGAAUUGGAGAACUAUGUAUCUCCUGCAAAGAAAACAAGAAUGCAAGACGUCACCCCCCCACCUACACCCGACUUGAAGGUGAUUGUUCUUGAUGCUGAACCAGGGCUGGACCAUUAUGAGCUAGGUGUGCAAAACAAACCCCUCACGCCUCCACAAAAAUUGUCAAUGAAGGGUACCACAAGGUUUGAGCUCCCUACAGCCGUCAACUACAGUGACGAAGAAACAUUAUGGAGCUUAUGCCCCGAGUCAAGCGUUGAUGCUGAUGUAAUUACAGCGUUAGCAUGCCACUUGACCUUGGACGAAGUUAAAAGAGAUACUGGUCGUGGAAGAGGAGUGUGCUUUCUGCCUACGGAAUUGCAGGAUAUCGUGGUUAAUUAUGGCAUGACAUCUGCAAAGGCAUUAGAGUUAUAUGAUACAAAAUUCCUAUCAAAAGCUCAUAACUGUAGAAAGGUUUGUCUUCCCAUGAAAGAUAUGAUGAAUGAUGAAGGCAUCCACUGGUAUUUAGCUAUAAUUUUGAUGGACCAGAAACAAAUUGAAUUUCUGAACGACUUGUUCGAUGCCUUACACAAGGAAGUUCAAUCAACAUGUGCACCACCACAGAUCAAGGAGUUUACUUUGACCACUCCUGAAGUUCCUACACAACGACACAAGAAUGAUAGUGGGAUCUGGGUUUGUGUGUGGAUGAUGGGAUCAACUUGGGAUGAUGACUAUUAUAUUUGGCCAUGCAAUCAUUUGAGAAGAAUGCAGGUGGCAUUGUACCUAGUCAAAGAGCCUACCAAUUACAUAAGACACAAGGUGUUCAAGAAAGCAAAUCAGAAUGCGCCUAGGUUUGAAGCUCAGACACUUGAGUACAAAAUAGCUUCCCAAGAGAGGAAAGCAGGUUCCCAGAAGAGGCUAAUUCAGGAAAGCAGCUUCCCAGAAGAGGCGAAUUCAGGGCUCAAGGAUAUCUAG